CCUCCCGCGGCCCGCGGCGCUCAGAGGGAUCCCCGAGGCUCCGCGAAGCACCGGCCGGCCGUCGCGGCAGCUUCUUCGUCCUUCAUCCCGCAGCCAUGGGGCUCCCGAAGGGGCUCCUCGCGUCCCUGCUGCGCCUCGCCCUGCUGCUCCAGGCGCAGGUUUGCUGGCUGCCCUGCGUGGCCUCCGGGCCGGGCGGCGCGGGCGGCGGGAAGGCUGACGUGACGCUGGAGGCGCGAGGCGCGGAGCUGGGGCCCGGCCAGGCUCGGAGGACAGUGAUUUGCAUGGACUGCCCUGGGCAAGAGUCAGCCCUGCUUAGCACUGAUAGUGAUUUCGCUGUGCUGAAUGAUAGAACAGUCCAGGAAAGGAAAGCACUGAAGAUCUUCCCAUUCGACCGUGUCUUGCGAAGACAAAAGAGAGAAUGGGUGGUUCCACCGAUCUCUGUCUCUGAGAAUGGCAAGGGCCCCUUCCCCCAGAGGCUGAAUCAGCUCAAAUCUAAUAAGGACAGAGGCACCAAGAUUUUCUACAGCAUCACAGGGCCCGGUGCAGACAGCCCCCCCGAGGGUAUCUUCACCAUAGAGAAGGAAACAGGCUGGUUGCUGUUGAAUAAGCCACUGGACCGAGAGAAGAUUGCAAAGUAUGAGCUCUAUGGCCACGCCGUAUCAGAGAACGGUGCCUCAGUGGAAGACCCCAUGAACAUCUCCAUCAUUGUCACAGACCAGAACGAUCACAAGCCCAAGUUCACCCAGGAUGUUUUCAGAGGGAGCGUCUUGGAAGGGGUACUGCCUGGCACUUCUGUGAUGCAGGUGACAGCCACAGAUGAGGACGAUGCCAUCAACACCUAUAAUGGGGUGGUUGCUUACUCUAUCCAUAGCCAGGAGCCAAAGGACCCACAUGACCUCAUGUUCACUGUCCAUCGGAGCACGGGCACCAUCAGUGUCAUCUCCAGUGGCCUGGACCGGGAGAGAGUCCCUGAGUACACGCUGACCAUCCAGGCGACAGACAUGGAUGGGGAUGGUUCUACCACCACUGCAGUGGCCAUAGUGGAAAUUCUCGAUGCUAAUGACAAUGCUCCCAUGUUUGAUCCUCAGAAGUACGAGGCCCGUGUACCCGAGAACAUGGUGGGCCAUGAGGUGCAGAGGCUGACAGUGAGUGACCUGGAUGCCCCCAACUCACCGGCCUGGCACGCCACCUACCGCAUCUUGGAAGGUGAUGACGGGAACCAUUUUAGCAUCACCACCCACCCAGAGAGCAACCAGGGCAUCCUGACGACCAGAACGGGCUUGGACUUCGAGGCCAAAAACCAGCACAUUCUGUACAUCGAAGUGACCAAUGAGGCUCCUUUUGUGGUGAAACUCCCGACCUCCACGGCCACCGUGGUAGUCCAUGUGGAGGAUGUGAAUGAGGCACCUGUGUUUGUCCCACCCUCCAGAGUCGUCGAGGUCCAGGAGGGCAUCGCUAUCGGGGAGACUGUCUGCACCUACAUUGCACAGGAUCCCGACAAGGGGGGUCAGAAGAUCAGCUACCACAUCCUGAGAGACCCAGCUGGGUGGCUAGCAAUGGACCCAGACAGUGGGCGGGUCACAGCCACAGGGGUCUUAGACCGUGAGGAUGAACAGUUCGUGAAGAACAAUGUCUACGAAGUCAUGGUCUUGGCCACAGAUGAUGGGAGCCCUCCCACCACUGGCACUGGGACCCUCCUGCUAACACUUAUGGAUGUCAAUGACCAUGGCCCAGUCCCUGAGCCCCGUUGGAUCACCAUCUGCAACCAAAGUCCUGUGCCCCAAAUGCUGAACAUCACGGACAAGGACCUGUCCCCCCACACCUCCCCUUUCCAGGCCCAGCUCACACAUGACUCGGACAUCUACUGGACUGCAGAGGUCAAUGAGAAAGGAAACACAGUUGCCUUGUCCCUGAAGAAGUUCCUGAAGCAAGACACAUAUGAUGUGCACCUUUCCCUGGCUGACCAUGGCAACAAGGAACAGCUGACAGUAAUCAAAGCCACCGUGUGUGACUGCCACGGCCACGUGGAGACCUGCCCCCACCGCUGGAAGUGGGGCUUCCUCCUCCCGCUUCUGGGGGCUGUCCUGGCUCUGCUGCUCCUCCUGCUGGUGCUCCUCUUGUUGGUGAGGAGGAAGAGGAAGGUGAAGGAGCCCCUUCUGCUCCCGGAAGACGAUACCCGUGACAAUGUUUUCUACUACGGCGAAGAGGGAGGUGGUGAGGAGGACCAGGACUAUGACAUCACCCAACUCCACCGGGGUCUGGAGGCCCGGCCUGAGGUGGUUCUCCGCAACGAUGUGGCACCAACCUUCAUCCCCACACCCAUGUACCGUCCACGUCCAGCCAACCCAGAUGAGAUUGGGAACUUCAUCAUCGAGAACCUGAAGGCGGCCAACACGGACCCCACGGCCCCGCCCUAUGACUCCCUAUUGGUGUUUGAUUACGAGGGGAGCGGCUCCGACGCUGCCUCCCUGAGCUCCCUCACCUCCUCGGCCUCUGACCAGGACCAAGACUAUGACUAUCUGAACGAGUGGGGCAGCCGCUUCAAGAAGCUGGCGGACAUGUACGGGGGUGGCCAGGAUGACUAGACAGGACCAGGGGCUAACAGUCAGCUGCGGUGGCAUCUCCAAGGAGCCUCAAUCCUCCCUCAGCAGGGGACUUGGGAGCUUGUCAAGAAGUGGCCUUAGCGACUUGGAGAGAGGCCCUCAAAUCUCACAUUAAGGGUUGGUUUCUAAGCCUUUCAGAAUGGAGGCACAUGGGCGCUUUGAUUUCACCUCUGGAAACCUCUCCGCCUGGGCCAGGCUUGCCUCCAAGGCCAAAUUUCUGGGAGCCUAUCACCUGCCAUAAAAUGCCCGGACCGACUCUGACCACCCCACGCCCCCCAGUGAUGAUGUUCUCUCUGGAAUGGACCCUUCUCCUUCUUCUUAGAAUGAGGCCUCUUAUUGCAACCUGGAUUUUUUUUUUUUUUUUUUUUUUUUUUUUUAAUGCUGUCUUCAAAACAUUAGAGGCGGGUCCUCAGCCGUCCCCUGGAUUGCUCAGAAACCCGGGCCUGAGCUGCUCGGCUCACAUGCCUUCAUGCAUUUCUCUCUCCUCUCCGGACAACAGGCCUCCUGUCAGAAUGAAUUCCUGCGUUUUUAUACUAAGCGCGACUAUGUUGUCCUUUAUUUUUUAUUUUCCCUGUUGAGUGCUGUAGAUAAAGAGUGAUGACAAUUGUGUAAAUGUACUACGACUUUUUUUAUUAAAGGAAUUUUUCCCAGA